UCAGAGGUUGGUUAAAGCACUUUUUUAAAAUUCGACCAUUUAUACUUGAUAGUAAUUUUUAUUAAAUCAUUUUGUUGUAUUCAUAUUUUGAUCUCGAAAAAUUAAUGAUAUGGAAGUAGACAAUGUAUUGGCGUUGUACGAUUUUUUGAAUAAUACACUGAAUCAAGAAAGAAAUGUAUGCGUUAUCAAGUCAAACUUAAUGCACAAAUGUUUGUUAAAGGCAGAGGAAGAAAACUCCACUCUCGAUAUCAGGUCCAUUUGUUGCCGAUGGUGCUUAAAUCCACUUUCUACGCAGACAUGUAAUGUGGCGCUUCAACCUCAGAAACAACCAAAAAAGCGGCUUCGUUCAUUGAUGAAGAAAGAUGCUCAUUCACUUAAUAAUUUUCAAGCGAAGUUGAUUGAAAAAAUUAAGAGUAGACCAGCAACCAAUACUAUGGUAUUCAAAUGUAAAUUUUGCUCCAAGACGACACCAAUACAAUUAAGAAAACCAAUAGUAGAGUCUACAAACAAAGACGAUGAUGUAGUUGUUGCUGAAGAUCUUGGAAAAAAGAAGAAAAAGAAGAAGAUAGCUAAAUAUGCUGGUUUGAAUAUUGCUGCGGUUGAAAGUGUAAAAAGUACCUUUGUCAGUAUAAACAAGACACAACCUGCUAUAAACAAAGGUAAAGAUCAGAAAUAUUUCAAGAAAAUAUCUGUAAAAGAACAGCAACGUAUGCAGAAAGCGUUGCAACUUACACCCAUGCCAAAAAAGAAGACAUCUUUAUUGGAUGCUUUUCUUGACAAUAUGUGAUGUUACUCAUUAUACUUAUUUUUCAACUUACUUAUUUAUAAACUACUUUUUUCAAAUA